GGUUUUAGCUUUUCUUUUUUGUGGAACAAAGUGAUAGAAAUCGAGCCAAUGCCAUUAAAUGACGUCAGCCUCCCCCGGUAUCUUUACUUCCGCCCACUGCAAUUGGGAAAUUCCUUAUCUUUAACCUUAGUUUUAUUGUUCCUUCUUUAAUCUUUGUUUUGUUUCUUUAUAUUUUUAGCUCAAACCCGAAAUUUCAGACAAAUAAAUAAAUAAUGUGUUUCAAGUGACUAACGUUUCUAUUACCUUCUCUAAAAAUUUUGAUUCCACUGUCCCUGAUGUUUAAUCUCAGCCGUUCGAUUUUCUUGUACUUACUAACCGUCGUCGUAGUGACGGCACAGUCGACAGCUCCACCACCAAGGGGAGACUCGUACCGUCUUUACAGUCAUUUCGACCCCACGAUGGCCAUCGUCGUUAUGGUCCUCGUCGGCGCUUUCUUCUUCGUCUGGAUCCUCUCCAUUUACAUCCGUCAUUACGACGAAUCUUACCCGAUCGCCCCCGCCGCUGCAGCUUCCUCUGCUCAAAGGUUCCGGCCAAGCGGUCUUUAUCCGGAGGUGAUCGAGAAUUUCCCCGUUUUUUUAUAUUCCCAUGUUAAGAACCUUAAAAUUGGUAAACGGGCGCUGGAAUGCGCGGUUUGUUUGAGUGAGUUCGAAGACGAUGAAGCGCUGCGUGUAAUUCCGAAAUGCUGUCACGUGUUUCAUCUUGAUUGUAUCGACGCUUGGUUGGCUUACCACGUGACCUGUCCUGUUUGUCGAGCUAAGCUCAGCCCCGAUUCCGAUGACAUAGCUCUACCGGUAGAGUUAGGCUCCGACACCACUGAGUCGGACAACAACAACACCGAGUCGAGUCAUCCGACAAGACAACGAAUUGAGCAGCAAAAUGAGUUGGUCAUUCAUGUCGACGAGGAAACGAGACCGAGAGAGAAAAUAACGGGGAAGUUUACACGUUCUCACUCGACGGGUCACUCAAUGAUUCAACCUGGGGAGAACACGGAAAGGUUUCCGUUAAGGUUUGCGGAGGAAUUCAGGAAGCAAAUUGCGAAAAGGGGGGUUGAAGCGGGCAAGACACCGCCGUUUGUUUCGAAGACGGGUCCGCUUAAGUCUCCGAAAGGUGGCGGUGGAGAUUGGGACGAUGGGUCCCAUUCAUGGAGAGGAUUAACGUCCGUUGAAGAGAAGCUAUAUUGUCUCAACUUGAAAGCUGAGCUAGGUGAAAAAGGUUCCUCGCCUCGGCCUUCCAUCUAA